ACUUGAAUUUUACGGACAAUUAUAUAUAAAUACACCUCGCACUUGCCUUACUUCUCCUCAUUCGUCGGCACAACUUCUAACUCGUCUCUCUCUCUCUUUUCUCUCCGUUUCUUCUCUGCUUCUUCUUCUCCUACCUCAGAUCUAAUUGCCUCUCUUCUUUUACCUUUGUUUUCCUCUUUGAUUUCAUCAGAUUGUUACUCGGAAUUCAAGGCUUACUUAAGCGAUAUAUAAGAUGGUGAAGAUUUGCUGCAUUGGUGCCGGCUAUGUUGGUGGCCCAACAAUGGCUGUCAUUGCACUUAAGUGCCCUGAAAUCGAAGUUGCUGUUGUGGACAUCUCUGUCCCUCGUAUCAAUGCUUGGAACAGUGAACAGCUUCCCAUCUAUGAACCUGGUUUGGAUGAUGUAGUCAAGCAGUGCAGAGGGAGAAACCUCUUCUUUUCUACUGAUGUGGAGAGGCAUGUUUGUGAGGCUGAUAUUGUCUUUGUGUCAGUGAACACCCCUACCAAAACUCAGGGUCUUGGAGCUGGCAAAGCCGCAGACUUGACAUACUGGGAGAGUGCUGCACGAAUGAUUGCUGAUGUGUCUAAGUCAAGCAAGAUUGUUGUUGAAAAAUCAACCGUGCCCGUUAAAACAGCUGAGGCCAUCGAGAAGAUCCUCUCACACAAUAGCAAAGGUAUCAAAUUUCAGAUCCUCUCCAACCCAGAAUUUCUUGCUGAGGGAACUGCCAUUGAGGAUCUUUUCAAGCCCGACAGGGUUCUUAUUGGAGGACGGGAAACCCCUGAGGGUGCUAAGGCAGUCAAAACACUGAAAGAUGUCUAUGCUCAUUGGGUUCCUGAUGACCGAAUCAUCUGCACCAACCUCUGGUCAGCUGAGCUCUCCAAGCUUGCUGCUAAUGCUUUCUUGGCUCAGAGGAUUUCCUCUGUGAAUGCCAUGUCAGCACUUUGUGAGGCAACUGGAGCUGAUGUGACUGAAGUUUCUCAUGCUGUUGGUAAGGACACAAGAAUUGGAUCCAAGUUUCUGAAUGCUAGUGUAGGUUUUGGUGGGUCUUGCUUCCAGAAAGAUAUUUUGAACUUGGUUUACAUCUGUGAGUGCAAUGGACUCCCUGAAGUGGCUCACUACUGGAAGCAAGUUAUCUUGAUGAAUGACUACCAGAAGACUCGUUUUGUUAACCGGGUUGUUGCUUCAAUGUUUAACACUGUGGCCAAUAAGAAGGUGGCUAUCCUCGGCUUUGCAUUCAAGAAAGACACCGGAGACACUAGGGAAACCCCAGCUAUUGAUGUUUGCAAGGGGCUAUUGGGAGACAAAGCCCAGUUGAGCAUAUAUGAUCCUCAGGUCUCUGAAGAUCAGAUCAGGAAGGAUCUUUCAAUGAACAAGUUUGAUUGGGACCACCCCGCUCAUCUUCAGCCUUCAAGCCCUACUGCUAUCAAGCAGCUUAGUGUUGUCUGGGAUGCAUAUGAAGCCACCAAGGAUGCUCAUGCUGUUUGCAUUCUCACAGAGUGGGAUGAAUUCAGAAACCUAGACUACCAGAAGAUGUUUGACAACAUGCAGAAGCCUGCUUUUGUCUUUGAUGGGAGGAAUGUUGUGGAUGCAGAGAAGCUGAGGAACAUUGGUUUUAUUGUUUACUCCAUUGGUAAGCCACUUGAUGCUUGGCUUAAGGACAUGCCUGCCGUAGCUUAAAACAAUUCGAGCAAAGAACAAUUCUUUAUUGGCUUUCUCUGGUAGAGUCUUGCUAUCGGGUCGUAGAGCAGAAAGAUUUUGACGUUCUAUAUGUUUGGAUUUUUGCCUGUUAUAAUUAGCUUCUCUGUCAUGUUGGUGGGUUAUUGUUAAAUUUUAAAAUGUACUCAGGAUCACAGGAUUGUAUGUAGGUCAGAAUCUUAAAUUUGUUAUUUAGUUAUGCUAAUGAAGUUUUAAUAAAUUUAAGCUUUACUUGAAUUUAUUAUAAUCAGGGUUUGACCUGGUUUUAUUUUUAAUUGUACUGCUUGAUUCUAUAAACUAGUUUUAAAAUACAACUUGAUAA